CUCAUCCGAACCAAGUGUAUGGUACCUACGUUGUCCGUAACGCCGAUGUUGUCUUUGUUCACAAAGCAAACAACCAUACAAAAGACUUUGAAAGUGAAGUAGACACGUUAAAUUCUGCUAGAACAGAGAAAAUAGUAAAGAAAUCAACAGUUCAAGAGAAAAGAGAGUUCUACAGCCAAAAAAAGAAAGGAGGGGGAAAAGCCGAAAAAUGGUUGGAAGGGAGAGAAGGAGAAUAUUGGUGGGAUUAGCGGUGGCUAUCUUUUUAGGAGUGGCAGUUUAUUUCAGGCUUUGGACAAUUGAUUACUCUGACUCUUCUGAUGAUGCUGAGUUGCUAAGGAGACAGUUUGAUAUUGCAAACAGAGAGGCAAUGGAUGAAUCUGCAGAGUGGAGGCUGAGAUUUGAUGAGGAGGCAGAUAAGGCUUCAAAGUGUGCCAAGGAACUAGAAGAGAUUAAGGAGUCUACUGAGAAGAAGGAAGAUUCUACUAGCUCUAAUGAAAAACUGGCAAUGCUGCAAAAGGAAAAUGCUGCUUUACUCAAGCAGGUGGAAAUGUUAAAAAAUGAGCUCGAGGCUGAGAUACGGAGGUGUCACUCAGAAUAGAGAAACGGACAAAAAUUUGUUGAUAUUUGGGUUGAGCACAAUAUCACCUGACCUCAUUGCUUGCCAACAAAGUGCUUCAGUGGUCCAGUUUUCGCCAAGGAAUCUGCAGCUUCCAGGGUUAUUCACAUAUCAAGAUAGACUUUGAAGUUGUUCUAUCCCAAUGCAUAAUUUAGGCAUAAAAUUUUCAUGUUUUAGGUUUGAGGAGUGGCCAUACCUUUGAAUAUAGGAAAAUUCUCUUUCUUUCCUCAGAAGAUGGGUGAAGACCAGGAAAAACGAAGUCUAUCGUUUUCCUUUUAUUAGGGGAAGAAAAAGGGUAUACCUGUUUUUGUAUUUUCAUUUAUUUCUUGAGAGACUAUGAGAUUGGUUACCUGACAGCUUUUGAUUAAUUUUCUGGAGAAAAUCUCUUUUCUAACAGAUUUGCAUUA